AUGUCUUCCAUUGCUCAGCCUCAACCCAGGAGCGAUGACUCGGUACAUGAAUUCGGCAGAGACUUUCUGAGCUUUUCUGUCCAACAUGGGGUCUACUGUGUGCCUAUCGACGAGGAAGAGAUCAACCGGCAGGCCGACUUCUACGACAUCAUAUCUCGAUUGUUCGAGGGACGUACAUUCCUGCCGAUCAACCUAACUCCAGAGUUUGUCUUGGAUUGCGGCAGUGGCUGUGGUGUUGAGUGGGCCGAAGAAGUGAUGGAGAAAUCAGAGAUGGGAUCAGCAUCCUCCAGUUCCGUUGACGACGACUUUGCAUGUCAGGUUAUCGCUAUCGACAUAUACCACACCAUAGGAUCGUCGCCAGGAGUGAUUAAGAAAAGAUGGAAUCUUAACGAAGCCUUCCGAUACGGCCAGGCUGAGCUAGCCAGAGACAAGUACGACCUUAUCAACUCAAGCUUCCUGGCAGAUGGGAUCAACGCGGCCCGAUGGGCAUCGUACGUACAAGACCUACAUGGCCGACUGCAACGCAACGGCUGGCUCCAGAUGAUCGAAGCUCAGUUCCAUAUACAAUCCAACAGUGGUAGGACUCUAGAGCAUCUGUCUAGGUGGUGGACCAUCUACAGUAAUGCCCUGGAAAGGCAACGCAAAGAUCCAAGAGCUGGUGUAGACUUGUCGAGGCACAUGGUCAACGCGGGAUUUGUCAACAUCUCUUUUGAGCCGAAGCAACUUCCAAUUGGCGAGUGGCCCCAAGACCCUCGUCUGAGGGAAAUAGGGAGAGAUAUGAAGCCAAUAGCGGUACAGACUUUGAAGUCUCUCGGCGUGUAUCACUGUCGCAAUAGCGGUAUGUCAGAGAGCGACUUUGACCAACUCAUUGCAGGUUGCGAGAGGGAGUUAUUCGACGCGAGUCUGCGGCUGUAUAUCCCGUUGUUUGCCGUCUGGGGCCAGAGGACCGAUAGUGAGCAAAAGCACACCGAAGAUGGAGCCACCAGGUAUAACCCGCACUCGAAUAGACGCCUUCCUCCUCCUGUAGAUUGGGCAUGA